CCGAACUCUAUAUAACCUUAUGAGGUCAAAAACAUGAAGUACCCUCCCAUUCCUUUUAUUGAUAGAAUCAAAUUCCAUCGUUAACUUUACAACCAUGGUGACCUCCAUCUCAAACCCACAUGCAGUUCUAAUAUCAAGUCCCGGAUUGGGGCACCUCAUCCCUGUUUUGGAGUUCGGUAAACUCCUUAUCACCCACCACAAUUUUGAAGUCACUAUCUUUGCUGUUGCGUCUCGAACAUCUGCUGCAGAAUCAGAGAUGAUCCAAGCAGCUAUGAGUUCAAAACUUUGUCAAAUUAUCGAAAUCUCACCACCAAAUAUCUCGCACCUCGUUGACGCUGACGCCACGCUUGUCACCAUACUUGCAGUUAUGAUGCGUGAAAGCAAAUCAGCUCUUCGUGCAGCAAUAUCUUCUUUGACCUCUCGGCCAAAUGUUCUGAUUUUCGACGUCUUUGGAACUGAAUUUUUUGACAUCGCUGAUGACCUUGGGGUGGCAAAGUACUGUUUUGUAGCAUCAAAUGCUUGGUUUCUUUCACUCACUGUGUAUACUCCUCUCCUGGAUAAAUUGGUGCAAGGAGAGUAUGUUGAUCAAACAGAGCCUUUUGACAUCCCUGGUUGCAGGUCUGUUAGACCUGAAGAGGUGGUUGACCCCAUGUUGGAUCGAAGAAAUCAACAAUAUUUUGAAUACGUUCGCAUAGGGAGGGAGAUACCGUUGUGUGAUGGGAUUUUGAUUAACACUUGGGAGGAUCUGCAGCCGAAAGCACUGGCCGCACUGAGAGAUGAUAAACUUUUGGGUGGAAUUGUUAAGGCUCCCAUUUAUACUGUUGGCCCGAUAGUGAGGACCCCUGAACCAACCGGCUCCAACAGGGAAGUCUUAGAUUGGCUAGACAAGCAACCAAGUGAUUCAGUGCUGUAUGUGUCACUUGGGAGUGGAGGGACGCUGUCAUAUGAGCAAACCAUUGAGUUGGCUUGGGGUUUGGAGUUAAGCCAACAAAGAUUUAUCUGGGUAGUUCGGCCGCCAUCAACAGCAAAAGCAGAUGGCUCGUUUUUUACAGCAGGAAGCGGUGGUGAUGACUUUUCAAGCUUCUUGCCUGAAGGAUUCCUCAACCGGAUUCAUGAAGUAGGAAAACUGGUCCCAAAAUGGGCUCCACAAGUUAACAUCUUGAGACAUUCAUCAGUUGGAGGAUUUUUAUCACAUGCUGGGUGGAAUUCUACAAUGGAGAGUAUCAGCAAUGGACUGCCGAUGAUUGCAUGGCCAUUAUAUGCAGAGCAGCGAAUGAAUGCUACCGCGUUAGCGGAGGAGCUUGGUGUUGCCGUACGACCGAAGAUACAGCCGUCGGAGAGGGUGGUGGGAAGAGAUGAAAUAGUGACGAUGGUGAGAAAAAUUAUGGUGGAUAAACAAGGGCAACCAAUAAGAGAUCGGGCAAAAGAGCUAAAACACAGUGCAGAGAAAGCAUGGAGUAGUGAGGGUGGAUCAUCUUAUAAUUCAUUGUCUCUGCUGGCCAACAAGCGCAAGCAUCCAUGAAAACCACCGAAUGCGUUUGCAACAACGGUGGAGUAUAGUGUGUUAUCAUCUUGGCAAUAAUAAAAUUUAUUUUUCUCAGUAAUAAAUUUAAAUAUAUUUCUUAUAUUUGGUGAGUUGUUUAAACUUUUGCAGUGUUAUUCAAAUUUUUAUGUACAUGAGGAAUGCUUAGAUGGCCUUCUUCUGAUUUUACAAAAGAAACCUUUUCUUAUCUCCA